GUAGUGUCGCUGUGUCGAUGUUUUUACUUUUCAGUUGUACUUUGGACGGUCAAAUGUGCGAGAUGCGAAGUGUUUUCUUACCUAAAAACUAGUCUCUACCUGGAUAAUAUCUCCCUGAUCGGAUAUCUCAAAUCAAUCUUGAAGAAACUUGUGAACUGCAUUGAAACCUACUUGAUCGUGGAAUCGGCUACGUAAAAGACUAGGCUGCAAAAAAUGAGGCUCACUGUCUUCACUGCCAACGUCCGAAACCUGUCGCGGAUGCUGGAUCAUUAUUCCCAUUUCAACCCUUCGCCAUUGUCCGUCAAACAAUUCAUCGACUUUGGUCGCAGUGCCAAUGAAGUCCGUUCGUUUGAGUUUCUGCGCAAAGAAUUGCCAGUUCGUCUUGCCAACAUUAUGCAAGAGAUCAACCUCUUGCCGCAAAAUCUACUACGCAUGCCGUCAGUUCAUUUGGUACACAACUGGUACGUCAAAAGUUUCACAGAAAUUCUUGAAUUCGAGGAUCUCAAAAGCGUCGAUCAGAAAAAACUUCUCGAAUUUUGCCAGACUUUAGUCAAGAUUCGCAAUCGACAUGCCGACGUCGUGCCGACCAUGGCCAAGGGUGUCAUCGAGUUACGUGAAUCCCAUCCAGUUGAUCAGACCGUUGAGCACCGCAUUCAUUACUUUCUAGAUCGUUUCUACAUGUCUCGGAUAGGCAUCCGGAUGCUGAUAAACCAACACACGUUGCUGUUUGGUGGGCAAAUGAACAACACGAGGCACAUUGGCUGCAUCGAUCCCAACUGCGAUGUCCAAUCCGUAGUGCGUGAUGCCUACGAAAAUGCAAAAUUCCUUUGCGAUCAGUAUUACCUGACUUCCCCCGAUAUUGAAGUCCAAGAGCAUAAUAACUUGGAACCAGGAUUGCCCAUCCAAAUUGUCUAUGUUCCGUCACAUCUCUAUCACACGUUGUUCGAACUGUUCAAGAAUGCCAUGCGAGCCGUUGUUGAACAUCACGGCGCUGCCGCACGAGAUUAUCCGCCCAUUCAGGUGUUGAUCAUCCGCGGGAAAGAAGAUGUUACCAUCAAGAUAUCUGAUCGAGGUGGGGGUGUCACUCGAUCCGACAUGAAAAAUCUCUUUCAUUACAUGUACUCUACUGCACCGCAGCCGUCGCUGUCGGACACGGAUUCCGCCCCACUGGCCGGUUACGGAUACGGCCUGCCCUUGUCACGCUUAUAUGCCCGCUAUCUAUUGGGCGAUUUGACGUUGACAUCAUGCGAGGGCUACGGCACGGAUGCCUACGUUUUCCUGAAGGCCAUCAGCGAGGAGGCUAAUGAAAUGUUGCCCGUUUUCAAUCACAGCUCUACACGUCAGUACAGCUCACCGUUGCCGACUCGCGACUGGGUCAGCCACAUUGGUGGCUCUACUUCAUCGCAUGCAAGGGCCCGUCACUUGUCAACUAAAGCCCAGCUCAUUAAAUAGUAGUGCAAUUGUGGGGAGACUCUUAACCAACCAUACAUAAUUACCUAAGCAUCAUUUUCCGGUCGACAACAAUACGAUUAACAGUUUUGGUAUGGAUUAGUUUGAUGCCAACCUACAGAUACAAGUUCCCUAAUGGACUACAGUAUCAAGGGUAAUGAUUCAACCAGUUAACUUCCUUUUUUUUUUUUUUUUUUUUAAUAUUUUUCAGAUUCUAUGAAUUUAACUAAGUUGUAGAUGUGUAAAUCUCAUUUGAACAUGGUUAAAGGUUCGGUGCUGAUUUCAUCGGUGAAACACACUUUUCCUUUCUUCCUUCCUUCUUUUUUAAACGUUAGAUUUUCAUAGAAAGAAAAAAAGGAACCGUAAAAUGAUGCGAUAUUGCUCCGUGAUGCGUUUAUCCUGAAAUGACCCCGAGUGUUUUCUUGCUGCUGUUAUAAGAGAGAGGAAAAAACCCUGUCUUUAUGUAUCUUACAGUACACCCCUUUCACAUCCACUAGUGAUGUUUUGACAUAACCAUUUAAAAGGAAUGCUGUAUUACGUACAAGAUGUUGGCGACACACUCGAAGAUUUUUUAUAUAUUUUUUUAUGUGAUUGAGGUCAACGUAAUUUGAAGGGAGAAGAAAUGUAUAGUUGAACAUAAUAUCCCCCCAUAUUAUUGAAGUUAGGAAAUUCCACUUUACAUAUUAUAAAGCGAUGUAUAAGAGCUGCAACAAUUUUUAUGUCGAGAUUUUUUUUUUUUUUUACUUUUCCUGAAAUGUAAAACGAGUAAUACACACCAGUUCAAACGAUA